AUGGUGACGCGAACUGUGGACAUCAGGACGACACCGAUGAAACCCAUUGUGCAAGAAAGGAGAGCAGCACCGAUAAGACGAUUGUUAUUGCGGGUGUGUUCUGUGGCGGUACAUUCCUAUUCAUCUGUAUGUUUUUCUGUUAUCUCUUCAAAUCGAAGCUGGAACGUAAAAAGAAGCGACAACGCAGUCAUAGUUCAAGACAUCGUCAGCGACAACCGUUCCGAUCGCAAAAACCCGUCGGAAAGUCGCUCAAUGACUCUGAAUUGCCUUCACCAGCGACAUCCCGUUUCGUCCACCACGACGCCACUGGUAUCAUGCCACCGAUCACCCUUCACACACUGGUCGACCAAGAGCAGACAUUCUAUGGAUAACUCACUUUUUCCUUCACCUGUUCGCCUAUGGAACGCCCAAAUGAAUCUCAAACGGGUCAUCAGACAUUGUAUCGCUUUUUAUCAGUUCUGUCGCUCAAUAGUGUUUUUUGAGAUGCGAUUCAGGAUUAUGCGUGUGGUAUGUAGCCUCUUUCCCUAG